AUAAUAAUAAAUUGUAAAAACAGUAAUUAACAUUUUGCAUUUUUAGAAUAUUUUUUUUUUUACAAAAUGGCACGCUCUAGAUCUGUGAAGGAAUCUUCUACUAAAACAAUUCCAUCAACAUCCAUUGAAACUGUAUCAAAAUUGGAAAAACUCCAAAAAAGUAUAGAAGAAUUUCAAAAAGUAAACAGCGACAUGGCUAAAGAGAUUAAGGAAUUAAAUGAAACAUUUUCUGGACAAAACAAAAUAAUUGUAGAUCUAUUGUCUGAAAUGCAUGUCUUAAUAAAAUCAGAUUUAACCUCCACUGCAGUAGCCUCAAAAUAUUUGGACAUAUUUCCCCUUAAAUCUAAAUCGGAAAUGGACGAUAUAGAAAUAGAAAUUUCUGCUGAAAAUAUGGAAGCAAUGACUCACACAAUUAAAAAAAUAGUGGGAAGAAAUGGUAUUAACCCUUAA